AUGUACAGCGGCAAUCUGACAGUUGAAACUGUAGCUUAUGUUACUGCUUGCAUUUUUCAUGAAGGCAUGUUAAAUACUGACAAAUCUAUAUUUUUAGAUAAUAGCCUAGUGCGCUUUGAGCUAAUAGUAUGUCCUGCAAUGGGAAAUACACGUUCAGACGUAGCAGACAUUGCAGGGCAUUGGAUGGAAGAAGAGGAACCUGUAACUGACGACAGGGAAGAAGAAGAAAGACGCCAGUGUGAAUUGCAGUCUGCACGGUGGAAUGAACAGCUUGCACGGCAGGAACUUGAGCUGGUAAAAAGAGAACGAGAGUUAUUAACAGAACCUGAAGUGAAAGGUCAGAAUCGCAGGGAACAUAAUGGUCCAGGUGGAAUAAGUAGUUUUGGGGCGUGCUCCAGACAAGAAAAUAAAGUGCACAUGAUGGAAGUGAAGAACGAGAAAAAUGUUGGUUGUGAUAGAGAAGCAGUUAAAUGUUACAAUUGCAGUGAUCGUGGGCAUAUCGCUACAGACUACAAAAAGCAGCAACGUGAGAAGGGAGCAUGCUUCGCUUGCUUUAAAAUGGGGCACCAGGCAAGAGACUGUCCGGACAAUCAGAGGAAUAAGAGGUCAAGAGGAGAAGACCAGGUAAGGCAACCCGAGAUGUCAAACAUCUACGAGGACUCAGCAACGAAGGAGGAAUGUCGUGAGAUUGUUGUUUUUGAAAUUGAUAAUUCCAAUGAACAAAGUUUUAGUCCGACCCUGCAUAAUUGGAUAUCAAAACAAAACAGUUAUACUAUUAUAGAAGCUCCGCUUUGCGUGGAAAGUUGUAAACCCGUGUUGAACAGAGUAAUUUCAGAUUUAGUUUUACAUAGAAAGCAACAGUUGUUACGAGUAGAUCCUUACUUCGCGUAG